ACGAGGAACAUCAGCCCCUCCACGGCGCGCCGCACCGUCUCCAUGGAGACGCCGAGCUUCCCUGCGAUUGGACAACAAGAGACAACAAGCGGCGGAGGAGCUAAAAAAGCUAGCGCCGUUUAGCAUGACGUCAGCUCCGGCAAGGCAGACACUCACUGGCAGCUCCCUCAUAGGUCUUCGGGUUCGAUCCCCUCCGUAGGAACUCGAGCGCGAUGCGGCCGAACUCCGCAACGACUGGGAAGCAUUAGCAUUAGCAUUAGCACGGUUAGCGUUCGGUGAAAAGCGGCUCCCGUUAGCUCCCCCCCCGCCCCGCUCCGCCCCGGUCGGUCGACCGACCCUCACCGGACUCGUCGACCUGCCGCAGGAACGCCAGGUGCCGCCGCUGCUCCUCGGACACGGACAGCAGCAUCCCGACGCCGCCGCCGCCGCUUUUCGGUUACACCCCGCCGGGCCGUGGGCGUGACGUCACCCGCACGUGACAGCCCAAAACCCCGGAAGUGAAAUCCAACAUGGAGGCGCAGUGAGAAGGAGAGCAGUAGUAGUAGUAGUUGUUGUUGUUGCUGGUUGUUUGUUGUGGUUCGCGCGCAGGGAGCGGCUCGCGCCAUGGCGCGCUGCGCCCAGUCGGUGGAGGAGUUCAUCCAGGACGCCUUCGCGCCCGCGGUGGCCGUGCUGUGCAGCGGGGAGGCGGAGAGGCUCUGCCGGAAGAACGACCUGAGCUUCUCCGAGCUGCUGCGGCCUUUCUGCAGACUCACGUCCGAAGGCCACAUCCGGGACCCCAACAAUCAGGUGCACGUGGUGAAGAACCUGCGCAUCUGCGUCAGCGACAUCGCCGCCGCCGGCGCCGCCGGCGCCGCCGCCGCCGCCGCGCCGCGCCGCCGCCUGCUCAGCGAGGUGGUGCAGUCCACCCAGCCCCAGGAGGGCGCCGCCGCCGGCGCCAUGACCGCCGGCGACUACGAGAUCAGCUUCGGCGACGACGCCGUUAGAGCUAGCGCUCCCUGGCACAGCGUGCGGGAGCGAACGCUGCGGGAAAUCUGCGGCGGCGGCGGGCGGCACACAGUGACCACCCCGUGGUUCGAGGCCUACAGGGAGAACUUCCUGCAGUCCACGCCGGUGUCGGAGCACGAGUUCCUCAACCACCACCUGGCCUGCCUGCUGGUGGCCUCGUCCUCGGAGCCGUCCCCGGUGGACCAGUUCCAGCAGCUGUCCCAGGAGCAGCACCGCGUCCAGCACGGCGGCGACGUGCCCCUCCCCCGCUGGUUCACCCCCAACACGCUCAAGUACUACGUCCUGCUGCACGACGUGGCCGACGGCGACGAGCCGCGGGCCGACGCCGCGUACGAGGACAUGAAGCAGCGCUACGGCGCGCAGGGCUGCCACCUGCUGAAGAUCAACUCCCGGCCGGCGUCGGAGCGCGGCGCCGAGCAGAUCCCCGACCCCUGGAGCCAGUACCUGCAGAGGAGGGGCCAGGACCCGGAGGACGGCGGAGGCCCUGCCGAGGCGGAGCUCCCUCCGGAGGAAGGCGCCGCCGACGCGGAGGCGGCGAAGGCGCCGGCGGGCGGGAACCACGGCGCCUGCCUGACCCUGAUCGACCACGACCGGAUCCGGCAGUUCGUCCAGGAGUUCACCUUCCGCGGCCUGCUGCCGCACAUCGAGAAGAACAUCCGGCAGCUCAACGACCAGCUGGUGUCCAGGAAAGGCCUGAGCCGCUCCCUCUUCACCGCCACCAAGAAGUGGUUCGGCGGCGGGAAGAUCCCGGAGAAGGGUGGCGCCGAGCCCAAGAGCGCCUCCGGCGUCCUGUACCCCCCCGAGGCGCCGGAGCUGCAGAUCCGCAAGAUGGCCGACCUGUGCUUCCUGGUGCAGCACUACGAGCUGGCGUACAGCUGCUACCACACGGCCAAGAAGGACUUCCUGUCGGACCAGGCCAUGCUGUACGCCGCGGGGGCGCUGGAGAUGGCGGCGGUGGCGGCCUUCCUGCAGGCCGGGGCGUCCCGGCCGUACCCGGCGCACUACAUGGACACCGCCAUCCAGACCUACCGCGACGUGUGCAGGAACGGCGUGCUGGCCGAGCGCUGCGCCCUGCUGAGCGCCGACAUCCUGAAGAGCCAGGGGAAGUUCUCCGAAGCGGCGACGCUCCUCAUCAAGAUGACCAGCGAGGACUGCGACCUGCGCAGCGCCCUCCUGCUGGAGCAGGCCGCUCACUGCUUCGUCAACAUGCGCACCCCCAUGGUGCGGAAGUUCUCCUUCCACAUGAUCCUGGCCGGGCACCGCUUCAGCAAGGCAGGGCAGCGCCGCCACGCCCUGCGCUGCUACCUGCAGGCGCUGCAGGUGUACCGGGGCCGGGGCUGGGCCCUGGCCGAGGACCACAUCAACUUCACGGUGGGCCGCCAGUCCUUCACGCUGGGCCGGGCCGAGCCGGCCGCCGCCGCCUUCCGCCUGGUGCUGAGCAACGACAGCCGGCAGACGGCCGCCCAGCAGGGCGCCUUCCUGCGCGAGUUCCUCUUCGUGCACCAGAGCGCCGCCCCGGGGCCGCCGGACGAGCUGCCCCUGCUGCCCCUCCCCCACAUCCAGACCCCGGCCGUCCGGGUCUACUUCGGACACGAGCGCCGGCCGGCGCAAGGGGAGAAGCAGGCGGCCACUCACGUGUCCCUGGACCAGGAGUUGGACCACGAGCAGGCCGCCAUGUGGGCCCGCCUGGAGGAGCGCCUCCUGGCCGCCGCGCACGGCGGGGCGCUGCCCGCCGGCUUCCAGCCCACUCAGAGCUGCCUGGACCAGCACACGGACAACCAGCGCCCCCCGCAGGCCGUGGUCAACGAACCCGUGGUGGUGGAGCUGGCCUUCAGGAACCCGCUGAAGGUUCCCCUCGCGCUCUCCAACCUCUCGCUCCUCUGGACGUUCCAAGCUAACGACGCCACCACGGACGAGGAUAGCGAGGCGGUGACGCCGCAAACCAUCCAGGAGUUCCUCCUGAACCCCGAGGAGACCAAGACGACCCGCCUCAAGCUGCUGCCUCGCCGCACCGGUCAGAUGAAGGUCACCGGCGUGGCGUACGAGCUGGCGGCGGCGGCGGCGGCGCCGUGCGCCGAGGCGUCGCAGCCGGAGCCCCUCCGGGCGCUGGCGGUCCGCGGCCGGCAGGACCUGCACAUCCGGGGGCCGAGGCUCAACCUGACCAAGGAGGACAAGAUGUCGGUGCGGCACGGCGUGGACCGGCGCCUGGAGCCCGUCAUAACGGCCCCCAUGCCGCUGAUGGAGGUCUUCUUCCUGGACUUCCCCACCGCCCUGCUGUGCGGAGAGGUCCGCAGGACCACGGUGGAGUUCGGGAACGUGGGCGCGGUGGCGCUGUGCGGCCUGCGGGUGGCGUCCACGCACCCGGACUUCUUCGCCUUCGAGUCCCGGGGCAGCGGGCCCGGGCCGGGGACGGAGCAGGACCCGGUCCCCAUCGACGGCGGCGUCCUGCGGCCCGGGCAGUCGGUCCAGCUGCCCCUGUGGCUCCGCGGUCCGGACCAGGAGGGGGUCCACGAAAUCCACUUCCUGUUCUACUACCAGAGCGCCGAGAGCGGCCUGAAAGUCAGCCACCGGGUGCUCCGCCACACGGCGUUCAUCUGCGCCGGCCGCUCGCUCAGCGUGCGCGCGUCGGCGCGACGCAGCGGCGGCGGCGGCGCGCUGGUCUUCAUGGACGUGGAGAACAUCGCCGCGAGCGACGGCGGCCCGAGACAGUUCCACAUCCUGCAGGUGUCCAGCAGCAGCCGGCGGUGGCGCCUGCACCAGCGCAUCAACCCCACCGCCGACUGUAAGCUCGCCAGCCGGGAACGAGCCAAGCUGUGCUUCCGGGCGGCGCCGUGUCCACGCUCCGAAGGCGACGGGGAGCGGGAGCGGCCCGUCGUGGCGGACCUGGAUCUGGGCGUCGGGCGGGUCAAAGCGGCGUUCCCGCUGUUACCGCGACGGGCGGGGGCGGGCGGGACGCGGGACGAGCUGGACCUCACCGUCGUGGUCAUGUGGAAGGCGCUGGCGGUGGAGGACGGCAGGGACGUGGUCCUGGAAGGCCAGCUCCACGUGGCGCUGCAGGCCCUCGGGCAGGACGCCGUGUCCCCGCCUCCGAAAGACGAGGCGGCGGCGGAGAUGCUGCUGCUGAAGUUCCGGGCGGAGCCGGGCCCGGCGGCGGCGCCGCCGCCGUCGCCGCCGCCCGCCGAGCCGGCGCCGCUCGUCAAGACCAGCCUGGAGCACCCGGAGAACUUCAGCCACGCCUUCAGGCGGAGCAGUCUGUGUGUGGUUCCGGUCGCUCUGACGCUGUCCAACUGCUGCUCGGACCCGGUGGACGUGGACGUGGACCUGACCAACAGCUCCGACGUGCACAGCUGCUUCUCCUGGGUGGGCAAGAGCCGGCUGGCGGUCCGGCUGCGGCCGCGGGAGGUCCGCAGCGUGGGCCUGCGGGCCUGCUUCCCUCGCGCCGGCGUGUACAACCUCAACACGCCGCGCGUCUCCGCCUGGGCGGCCGGGACCGCCGGGCGCCGCGCCGCCCCCGCCGCCGCCGCCGGCCCGGCGCUCAUCGUCAUCGGGUGCGCCUGACGGAACCCCCCCCCCCCCCCCCCCCCAAAGAACCACAAGUCCGCUUCCAUGGCAACCGCAACAAUAAAAGUGCAGAAAAGAUUUUAUUGGAUUCUUUUCGGGGUCUCAGCGGCGGUCCUCCGGCCCGUCGGGGUCCUCGGACGUGUCCAGGAUCUGGUAGUCCGGCGGGGCUCUCCGGUACAGACAGUAGUGCUGAGCGAUGAAGAGAACGUCGAACAGAACGGAGAACAGGCCCAGCCCGAACUUGGUGGGAUCGCCGAAGACCAGGUCCCACUGGUCUGAGGGGGGAAAAACCGGAACGUUUCGUUUGGAUCCAGAUCUUUAAAUCGGUUGUAGGAAGGAACGGGGGGGGGGGCGGUACCGUUGUUGUAGGACUGCAGGAUCAUCUGCCCGAUGCUCAGCGUUCCGCCGGUAAAAUCCAGGAGGACGUUCCCCACGCUCCAGCCCUCGGUGCUCCGCCGGCGGUGGUUCAUGACGGCCUGACACACACACACUCAUUCAAACUGUUAGCAUUAACAUUAGCAUCGUCCUGCUAGCGCCGGCUCACCUGUGGCACGUAUUUGACCAGCGUGACUGCGAGCUUGAUGUAGGAGAAAUCGUAGAGGUAAUCCAGCCAGCCGAUCUUCCCGGCGACGGCCAGCGACAGGCUGACCAGCGCGAAGGCCCAGCCGAUGAGCAGCAGGACGCCGGCGAUGCGCGACACCCUCUGGCCCCCCCUCUGGGGGGGGGGGGGACAAAGAAAA